GCGGAUUUCCAUCAGUCAAACGUAAUUAUUGAAUCUGUUGCAGCGUGCGUUCGCUCUGCAGUCUCAGAAAGAUACGAUACGGAACAUACCCUAUCGUUCUGUGGAAAAAGCAGCCUGCUUCCUUUCGUACCGGCCCUUGGAAAAAGCAGAUGUAUUGCGGCCCCGGCUCGACGGAUUCCUCACUGUAUGUCUUGCUUGCAGUAUGGGUCAUUCUGUGAUACUAAAGUGCAGAAACUUAAUUUUGACCCCACCGGCCGUGUCGAUCGUUCAAGUUGUUUCUCCGAAUCCGCAUCGUUGGUAUCCACCCUCCUGCCCACGAGUAUGCACCUUUUAGUAUGUCUCCUGUUCCCAGUUGCACCCAUCGACAGGCUUUCACGGUUACUCAUGCGUCUGCCACCAAUUUUCAAAUUCACUCCCAAAUAUCGCUUACCGUGGCACAUGACCGGACGUAAAUCUCAUCAAAGGUUCCUUCAGGAUUUGGUUAAUAAUAGCGAGCACAAGGAUCAAUUCUUUAGUAGUCUGCCCCAAAGUCCUACAAAUACGAGUGCAGUGAAUUCUCAGGUUAGAAACAGCCGGAAUAUGUGGCGAACAACAUUGAGUCCAACUAGCAACAGCUUAAUCCCUUGGCCCAUUCCAUCUAGGAAUGCAAUAGCAGCUGGCAAAAAUCAUUCGGAUGAUCACACCUUUCAUGCGGUCACAACUACGACCACUUACCCAUCUUUCAACUCUGAGACUUGUGUCACGACCAAGAGCUACUCUGUUGUCUCUGCACGUGCAGCAAGGGAACAGCCAUCUAUUCAUGCUGAAUCUUCAACCCGUUCCACUGAACUUCAUUGCUACUCACACUCCGAUAGUGUUUCUAAUCUCAAAUCCUCACUAAGUGCACCUGUUCCGGCCACCAUGUUCCCACACACUUCAUCGCACCAUUGUGCUCUCAACUCCACCUGGAUUCCUUACACACUUUCUUCCUCGACCAACCAGGCUGAUAGUAUCGUCUAUAUUCCGUGCAGCCGGUCAGCUCCCUCUCACUCAGAUGUAACCUGUCCUGGUGUUUACGUGGAUCUGACAGGAUAUGACGUUACCGUAUCAGUUGAGAGGCUGCCUCCGGUCAGCGAGGUUGUCACUCAUCCACGAGCUUUCACUAGAAGGUUCAAUGGCCCCAGUGUGCCAACUUCGAGUCAGCACCACUCACCUAGCGAAAUAUCUUCGGGAGGUGUGCAUCAACGCACUUCCGGUUUUACGACUGAACACGGUGACCAUACUGCAAGCUUUUUACCGUCGUCUCCACCACCACCCUACUCCGAAUGUGUCUUUCCAACAGCACCACCCAUUCAGCAUCAUUAUCCGUUUACGAAUUACUGGGAAUAUCCCACGUGUCGGACUGGUUACAUUCAUCCUGCACACAUCAAUCCACUUGUUUGGUCGCAUCCCUCGUGCAGACCUCUUUCCCGUAGCCACUCAUGCUCCUGUUAUUCGUGCGUCAGCUCUACCUGCGCUCAGAUGCACUCUCGAACCCUGUCUGCCGAUCGCUUCGUGGAUUUGUGUUGCUGCUGUUCCGUGCCUCCGUCUGGCUCCCCGUAUAAUUGCCCCGGUCCGGUUUAUCAAGCUCAUACAUUUGUUCUCGCACCCAAAUGUGACUCCCUUGUAGUGGACCAUCCUGUUGAUUUGGAUUGGGUCUAUCGUGUUCAUUCACCCCCCGUGAAUCUCUCCGCAAGUCAUUGUGGUCACUUUAGUGCCUCUGAUAUUGCCUGUGUACACCGUCCUUCCACCUCUGCUGCUCCUCCUAUGAAUGCCUUACCACCCAGUGGCUACGUCUAUAUCCCUGAACCGAUUCGUGUAAUGCGAUCACGAGACAUUUGUAACGCAUUGCGUACUUGUGUGGUUCCUCAUUAUGAGCUUAAAAAUUAUUUCAACAACGCCCCUCCUCAAAGGCAGUGGCGAAAAUUGGGGGAAUUGAGCAAAGAUGGAUUUCCCUUCACCCUAAUGUGCUACAAUUUGCUGAGCCCGAACUACGCAACUCCCACCAUGUAUCCUUACUGUCCAACGUGGGCGCUCAACUGGGACUACAGGCGUCGAUUCAUUCUAGAUGAGAUACGAAUGUACCAUGCAAAUAUCAUUUGUUUGCAGGAGGUUGAAACCAAUCAAUUUGAAGAGAUUUUCAAACCAGAGUUGGAGAAGCUGAAAUACGAUGCAGUGUUCCUGCCCAAGAGCAGAAGACGCACAAUGGAUAUGAAGGAUUGCAAAAAAGUGGAUGGGUGCGCAAUAUUCUGGCAAACUGACAAGUUUGAGAAACUGCACGAGUUUCAUCACGAGUUCAUGCUUUCGUGUUCGAACAUGUGCGAAAACCCGACACCGCUCAUGCUCAACCGGGUGAUGAUCAGAGACAACGUGGCUCUCGGUGUGAUUUUUCAAACAAAGGGCUCCUCAGCAUCAGACGGCAUUGGCGGGCGUCAGUUCUGUGUCACUACGGGACACAUUCACUGGGACCCAGAACAUUCGGAUGUAAAGAUGAUACAAACUAUCCUAUGGACGUCUGAAUUAUGGGCCUACAUUGACCAGUAUUUGACAGGCUCGGCGGACAAUACAGAACGCAGCUCUCCAACAGAUUCACGUAAUACUCCUUUGUCGUUGCGUCUCCCAACUCCAAGCCCAUUCUCACCGGCUGCGCAUAUGCCCGUCAUUCUGUGUGGCGAUCUGAAUUCGCUACCCGAUUCCGGAGUAGUGGAGUUUCUCAUGCGAGGUAGUUUGCCCAAAACACACACUGACUUUCUCAACAAUGGGUUCAAGUACAUGUUUGAGGACUGGCGGUUGUUAGAAAAGUGGGCAGUGGAUGGGGAUAUACUACGGCACCGAUUCACUUUCGAUCGCGCUUACCGUGAAUCUCAAGGGAUGCGGAUGACAAACUAUACGUACGAAUUCAAAGGUAUGAUCGAUUACGUCCUCUACUCUCGUGACCACUUCCGCUUGUUGGGCAGCUUGGAUCAAAUAAACGAAUCCUGGUUCACUGAGAGAAAAAUACUUGGAUGCCCACAUGUUCACUUUCCGUCAGAUCAUUUCGCUCUGUUAGUGGAACUGGAACUGAAACCGACUCCGCAGUUGAACACCCUCGUAGCUCAAAAGGUGGCCCGGAAUCGUUGCUGCAUCGAACAACUAGCUCAGGAUCACAGUCGUUCAGGCUCAGAUAGCUCUGUCGAUUCGACUCGACUCCAGCCUGCCACCGCGGAUGACAGUCAAGGAUUUGACAAUAGCGAUGGGAACUCAGGAGCAAUAGGAGCCAACAGUGAUGGCACGGGCCAAUCAAGGCAGCGGAAGCGUUAAUCUCAUUCACACUCCGAUUCGCAAAUGACCCCCCAGUCCUACCUGGAAUUGUAAAUAGCCCGCUCCUUCUGUCACUGUUGCCGUUCACCCUGAGUCCUCCGGAUCUCCUCAUUUUUGUUUGCAUCAAUUCUGUUUUUGGAUCUGAAAGUCAUUCCGCUUUCAUUUUUGGGCCACUUUUCUACCAUACACUUCCACGAUUUCUAGUCUCAGUUGUUGCCACUUGGUCAAUAUGCGGCUCCUCCCGGGCGAUUUAACGAACACAACUUCAAAUGAUUGCCUGUCGCGUACAUUUCUUUCCAAACUGAUGAUAAUUUGCGAUCACUUACUUUUCUCCCAUGCACACAAGUCCCUGAGCGCGCGUACUCAACCGCUUGCUACCGUUGGUUGCUAUCUCCUCUGUACCAAAAAUAGUCGCGUUAUUUGUCUUUUCACACACAUCUCUGUUCACGUCCUUUCAUUGUCUUCUUGUACAAAGUUGUUAAUAUAGGCUGCGUUUCACAUUGUAAAUAUUUCGCCUCUUCACCAUAUCUAUUCUGUCUUCCCUCCGACUGUACAUCGAACCAACCCACCACCUCCUAACACACGCUGUCUUCUGUUAUCGUUUCCCACCUCUUCAAUCUCAAGGUUUUAUCACUCACUGUUCCUCGCUUGUUAACGAAUUGUCAGGUAGCUCGAAUCGCCAAGCACUCCAUCCACCACACAGGCUACCGUCUGGUAUUCGCCACCAACAAAUCUUCUUCUGCAGGUAAAGACAAUGAGCCUCGUCCUUAUUACUCAUUUGUAUCUAACUUCACAGUCGCGCCUCAUACUCAUACUCAUCAUCCUGAGCACAAAAUUAACGCGUGAUAUCCCCGCCCUACUGCCGGCUGGCACAUCUGGGACAACAUUUCCUGUCAAUUUUUAUUUGUUUUUUGGUAAUCAUCAUUGUUCAAUUGUACACAUCCUGCUGGGCCUCCUGCAGUUCUCUUCAGCCCGUCUGAUAUCUGCCUUUGAUCCCUUCUCUCUCACAAACUCUUUUUCACCCCACUUACUUCGAAAAUUCCAUGUGUAAUCCAGAUAAGCGCUGGCCAAACUACUUUCUAUAAACUCUUAUGGAAGCCCGUUUUUU